CUUUGCAGUCAGCACUCUUGAAAAAGAUUUUGGCAACUUGCUGGCCCGAAGGUUUUAAUAAAAUAAAUGCUGAAAUUAUUGAAAUGGCUGCUGUUCUCUUGAAUGUGAGUACUGGUAUCAUUGAAGAUCAAUUUCACAAUUACGUGAGGCCAGUUAAUUUUCCACAACUUAGUAGCUUCUGCAUCAGUUUGACCGGAGUGACUCAAUCCAUGGUCGAUGACCAAGAAAUAUUCUCCGAAGUAUUUUCCAAAUUCCAGAAUUGGCUUCGAAAAAUUCAAUUUGAAAAGAACUUACACUUUGCAACGCCAACCGAAAGACAAUCUAAUAUUGAUAAUGGGCCAAAUGUUGCAUUCUGCUCGUGGUCUAAUUGGGACUUGCAGUAUUUCCUCCAAAUGGAAUGUCAACGAAGUCACAUCGAUAUUUUACCGUAUUUUAAAACUUGGAUUGAUAUUCGAAGAAUGUACGAUCAAUUAUAUCCCAGAGUGGAGUGUUCAUUGGAUGAUGCAUUGAAACGUGCCAACAUCAAAGCAGAAGGAAAUGAUCACUCACCAGGUAAAAAUGACGCAAUGAACUUGAGCAAAUUG